AUGGGUUAUUCACAAACAAUUACCGAAUCAAAACCACGUCCACAUGAUGGUACCCCUAACGGUGUAGUUAUUAACAACCGAAGAAUCAUCAAUGUAACUCAUAUGAUUCCCUAUAAUCCAAGUAUGCAAAAUGAUCCCGAACAAGAAAAAGAUAUACAGUGGACUCUGAGAACAAGAAGAGGUCAUUCGGCUCUUUACUCGGGUAUUCAUUCCUUAAGCAGUGAAUGGGAUAAUUACCACGUAGGUUACAUAGGUCCAGUUUAUGACGUUGAGGAAAAGCCCAUCGAAUUAAGUCGUUUUACCGAUGAGUUCAAAAAAAGUUUGGACGAAUUUUUGGCUCAACGCAAGGUAAUACCAGUUUGGCUAGAGGAUUCUGAACACCAUGGUCAUUACGAAGGAUUUUGCAAGACUGCCGCGACUGAUGGUCGUGUAGAAAAAAAUAAUUGGGAACAAUAUGUUAAAGUGAAUUCAAGAUUCGCCGACAGGAUUGCGGAGAUCUAUCGACCCGGUGAUUUAAUUUGGAUUCAUGAUUACCAUCUAUUGUUGGUACCUCAAAUGUUACGUGAAAAAUUACCAAAUGCCACAAUCGGUUUAUUCAUUCAUGCUCCUUUCCCGAGUUCUGAAAUCUUUCGAUGUUUGCCAAAGCGAAAGGAGGUAUUGAAUGGUAUGUUGGGCGCUAAUCAGAUAGGAUUUCAGGUAUUUAAACAUUUAUCAGUAAAGAGUAUCUUUUCAUUAUUUCGAGUAAUCAAUUGUACGCGUAUUCUUGGAUAUGAAUCUACUCCGGGUGGUGUUGAUUGUCAGGGUUCAUUGGUUUCAAUUGCCCCAUUCCCGAUUGGUAUUGAUACCGGACGAAUCGAAAAACAAAAAAAUACACCCGAGGUUGUGUCAAAAAUGACUGCAAUCAGAGAGAUGUAUCCAGGAAAGAAGAUCAUUGUUGGUAGAGAUAAAUUGGAUUUGGUCAAAGGUGUGAUUCAAAAGUUGCGUGCAUUUGAUAAAUUCUUGUCGUUAUAUCCUGAAUGGCAAAAUAAAGUUGUACUUAUUCAAGUCACAUCUCCUGCAUUAACCGAAUCGCCAAAACUUGAACAUAAGGUUGCCGAACUCAUUGCUCACAUAAAUGCAACAUAUGGAUCGCUAGAGUUUUCUCCAGCUCAUCAUUAUCACAACAAUAUCGAUCAAGAUGAUUAUUUUGCACUGUUAAGUGUAGCUGAUAUAGGUUUGAUUACUUCAGUACGGGAUGGAAUGAACACUACUUCAUUGGAAUAUAUAAUGUGUCAGCAAGAAAAUUAUGGACCAUUGAUCCUGAGUGAAUUCACAGGAAUGGCUGGUUCAUUAGGAGCUGCGAUUAUGGUAAAUCCUUGGGAUUAUACAGGUGUUGCUAAAGCUAUCAACGACGCUCUCCUGUUACCUAUUGAAGAGAAACGGGCUAAACAUAUGCAAUUGUUAAAGCAUGUAACAAAACAUACUGCUCAAUUUUGGGCACAAUCAUUUGUCAAAGAUCUUUUAGCCACCAUUGAUCAUCAAGUCAUGACCAGUAUUACACCACAAUUGGAUAAAGACUUAUUAUUGAAAAAAUACAAAUCCUCCAGUAAAAGAUUGUUACUUUUCGAUUAUGAUGGUACACUUACACCAAUCGUAAGAACUCCAAGCCAAGCAAUACCGCCACCAAAUAUGCUUGAAGCGUUACGAGAACUUUCUGAUGAUCCAAAUAAUACAAUAUGGAUAGUUUCAGGACGCGAUCAAGAAACAUUGGAGGAGUGGCUAGGAAGUGUUAAGAAACUUGGGUUCAGCGCCGAACAUGGUAGCUUUUUAAAAUAUCCAGAGAGUGAUAAAUGGAUUAAUCUCACUGAAGAUAUAGAUAUGACAUGGAAGAAUGAUGUUGAUGAGAUAUUCACAUAUUUUACGGAACGUACUCAAGGUUCAUUUAUUGAGCGUAAACGAUCAUCUAUCACAUGGCAUUAUCGUAAAGCGGAUCCUGAAUAUGGAGCAUUCCAAGCUAAAGAAUGUCAAAAUCAUCUUGAAAGUGCAAUUUUACCCAAAUUGCCGGUAGAAAUUUUAACUGGGAAGAAAAAUUUGGAAGUUCGUCCGACAUUUAUUAAUAAGGGAGAAGUUGUCAAACGUUUAUUGUCCAAUAUGCCCGAAUUGGAUUUUAUAUUUUGUGCGGGAGAUGAUCGAACUGAUGAAGAUAUGUUCAAAGCAUUAAGGAAAUCCGAAUUUCCUGACGACUCUUACUUCUGUGUCACCAUAGGAGCCGCCAAUAAGAAAACAUUAGCAGGGUGGCAUGUAUUAUCAUCGGAGGAAGUUAUAAACACAAUGCGACAGAUGGUUGAUGCUGGAAGAUCACUUAUUGAAUAG